AUGACGAUGGAGACUCUCCCGAAGGCCCUGGAGGUAGACGAGAAGUCUCCAGAAUCCAAGGAUCUGCUGCCCAGCCAGACGGCCAGCUCCCUGUGCAUCAGCUCCCGAAGUGAGUCUGUGUGGACCACCACUCCCAGGAGUAACUGGGAAAUCUACCACAAGCCCAUCAUCAUCAUGUCGGUGGGCAGCGCCACCCUGCUCUUUGGGGUGGCCAUCACCUGCUUGGCCUACCUCUUGAACGUGGAUGAUAAGACCAAGGUGGUCCUCAAGAUGAUAGGGCCCGCCUUCCUGUCCUUGGGACUCAUGACGCUGGUGUGUGGGCUGGUGUGGGUCCCCAUCAUCAAAAAGAAACAGAAGCAGAGACAGAAGUCGAGUUUCUUCCAAAGCCUCAAGUUCUUCCUCCUGAAUCGCUGA